AUGGAUACAUCUACCGCCAACUUGUCUUCGCCUUCUUUAUCACCACAAAAUGACCAGCUCGAUAUCACCAUGCUUACACCUGGCCGAAAAGUGAAAGCCCUGCUAGCCCAAUUCAACGACUCGGAUUCCGAUGAAAAUCUAUCUGCGAAGAACGUAGGAACUUCAAUGGAGCAUGACAAGGCCAUUGAACCCGGGCAGAACAACGUUAAUCACUACAUUAGAAGCCCCCAGCAAUUCAAAGCUCAAGACCAAGCAUCGGAAGACGAGGUGCUUUCACGAAGACCAAGAGGUCAUCUAGCUGCACGAAUGCAGGCAACUGCGAUUAACGAUAAUCCUACAUCGUCUGAUGAAGACUCUGGGGCUAAUGCCUAUGCUCGCAUCAAGGAUCAAAUCGCGCAGAUUUCGACACCAACGAAUAUACCUUUAAAGACUUUAGAAGAAGCGAGCAGUGGGGAUGAAUUGCGAAGUGCUGCACCAAGAAGAAGACUUUUACAAAGGAGGGAUACUGCUGUGGAAGACCAUCCUUCGCGUCAAGGAAUGCGAUCACCGUCGCCCUUGUUCUUCCCUUCCCCUUCAGUGGCCAAGCUACCAAGGAGAGCGUCCUCUGGUAAUGAGCAUCACGAUGCUUCAGACUCUGACCAGCUUCCGGAAGAACCUCUGAAACAAUCCGGAUCCAAAUUUCUCGCUCUAGUGGAAAAGCACCGCAAGCAGCGACUCGCUAGGGAAGCCGCAGAGGAAGCCAAACGAGCAGAACGGAUAGCACAGUUGAAAAAAGCCGGGUCAAAGGGAUCGUCCAAUGCAGGUGCGGUUACGCUCGAUGUUCAAUCAGAUGAGAGUGACGACUCCGAUCGUAGUAUCGGAAAUAGAUUGACGCAGCAAGCUCGACCUACAAGGAAAGCUAGUAAAAGGGCGCUUGAGGAGAUGAGCCGAGAAACUCAACGCAUGAGCCGCAGCAUGCAAUUGGCACAUCAAGCCAGGACGAAAAAGAAAAUCACAAAGGAGAGCUUACUGGCAAGGUUUAAUCUGAUCACACCAGGACCCGGCGCUGUUCAGCGAGCAGAGACAGGCCAUGCUUCUGCCACGGCCAGUUCUGCUCCUGCCUCAGAUGCCGAAGGUGUGAAGGAACAACAAACACCUCCUACAAGCCCUUUGCCUUCCGAAGGUGACAACCAGCCAGUCACGGAACUACAGGGCUCUGCUGAGCCAGCUGUAGCAGCUAUGACCAUGGGAUGUGAAGAGCCUCCUAAGAUGAGAAACCUCCUGACUUCGCAGCCCACUACGCUGGAGAAAGGUAAAGCCAAGGUGGCAACCAUAGAUGAGACUACAGACGCAGCAGAAGAGCCUGUCGCAACUCUGGGCAAACAACGAGUGCGUCCUGUUCGGGUGAGGUGGUCAAAGCAGGAUGCGGUAAUUGCGCGAGGAGCAGACUCUGAUUCGGAUCUUGAGAUAGUAACAUCCAAGUCCAAAUCCAAAAAAUUCGCCGUCUUCGAGAGAUUGCCCCAGACCAGACCUAGGGAGACGAAUUCCCACCUCAUCCUUCGUUCUUUGGCUCACCUGCAAACCGGUAGCGCAGAUAACAAGCACGCCUCAAUGAAUGCUGCGCAGAUGGAAGCGCAGUUGAGAAGAGCUGCAAGAGUGCAAGCUCAGAAAGAAAGGCAAGAAAAGCUCGAAGGACUGAGGUCAAGAGGUAUCUUUGUUCAGACUGCCGAACAACGGCAGAAAGAGCAGGAGGAUGUUGAGGAUUUGGUCGAGCGAGCUCGUAUGGAAGGUGCAGAGAUUCAGCGACGUGAAAAGGAAAUGGCGAAGAAAGAUGGUACGUUCGUCAAAGACGAGCUGGAUGAUGACGAAAGUGAUGAUGAGGAUGAUACGGAUUUUCAGGAUGAGCAUGAGGGGCUUGAAGAUCCAAUUUCUGGUUCUGAGGACGAGCUCGAGGAAGAAGAUGAUAUCGACCAAGAAGCUGUCGAGAGAGAGGAUGAUCUGGAUAUAAAACCGGAAAGGGCCGAGAUGAUCGACGAAGAGGCUGAUGAAGCGCAGUCAAAUGGUUUUGAGAGCCAACAUUCAGAGGACGAAGACAUAAACACGUCAGGGAAGGAGAAGGAAUCGCCCCAACUUCCUGCUCGCAGACGACGUAUACUGAUCCUCAGUGAUGACGAAGACGAGAAUGAGCAUCAUAGUCAACAUCAUACCUCGCCUCAAAUCACGAAAACUCCACAAUCUAUCAUACGUUCGGCAAGAAAGGUGAUCCCCGGAUUGCAAAUGUCUGACGAUUUGCCGAUUGGUCUCACACAAGCGUUUGCAGCCACAAUGGCGGAUUCCGAAGUGCAAGACGAAGCAAUCGCAACACAAGAACAAGACUCUCUCGUGUUGACCCGUGAUCUCCCUUCUCCAAACUUCAAGGCGGUCCCCUCUCUUACACGACUUGAAUCAUUUGAUGUGAUUACCGAUAGCCAGCCUGCCAGCCAGACGCAGCCACUGGAUCUUGACCUGUCAGUCACACAAGCGCAGGCGGUCCCUCAGUCGCCAGCUGGCAUGUCAUCUACACAGUUCUCAUUUGUGCCUACGCAAGAUGUAGGCUACGUUAUGAGCCCCUUCAAGGAAAGCCGAUUCGAUACACCACUAGCAGCACCUCACUCUACCAUCGAUACCGUCAUUCUUCCUCCAGAAGAGCAGUCUCCAAUACUUCAGCGAAAAGGCAGACUCAGGCGUGGGAGGGCAGCCGUUGGUUCUGAUGAAGAAGCCAUGGACAAUGAGGAUCCUCCAAGUGGACUUGGAUUGGACAAAUCUGCCUUCACGGUCAUGCAACGUGCAGCCAAAACCAAGGACCAAGAGGAUGCUUUUGACAGGUCGAGAUCUUAUGCCAGAGAGAUUGUCGAUGAAGCGGCGGAGGAGUCAGAAGAUGAGUAUGCUGGUCUUGGUGGUGCAAGUGAUGACGAAGAGGGCGAAGAGGACGAAGCAGACCGACGCAUUAUUGACAAUGACGAAAACCUCGGCCAGGGGGACGAAAGCAAGCUAGCAGGGUUUUAUGCUGACAAAGAACGAAAGCAGGACGAAGCUGCGGUCUCCAAAUUGUUGAAAGACAUCACCACCGGCGGUCUGCGGCGUAAACGAGGUGCUGCGGAUGAUCUUGAUGUUUCAGACGAAGAAGACGCCAUCGCCAGACGUCGAGAGGUAAAGAGACGAGAGUUUGCUCGUAUGAGACGCGAACUUCUCAAGGAUGAAGCAGUAGGCAAGAUUGCAGAAGACAAAAAGAAGCAGGCUUUCCUUCAAAGCAUCGAAGACCGGGAUGCGGCCGAAGACGAAGACAUAGCAUUUGCUGAGGUAGAACAGACGGAGGAAGAUACGCAGUGGCAAACACGAUCUGCCGAGGAAACCAGCAGCCAGACCAAUAUUUCAGUGAUCGAUGAUCAAUCGCAGCGCAAGCGACCUCUCGAGCCAUCUACAGCCGAUUUCAUAAACCGUCAAGCGCCUUCCCAUCGCCGAACAACCAAUCAAAUCGGCACCGUCCAACGCAAGCCCUCGACCCUCGCCGAAAUCCGUGAACAAGUCUCUUUCCUUAUCGACGAACCGAACUCCCAAAAUGGGACACACGACCCCGACUCCUCAGAGGACGACGCCCAAGAACCAGAAGCCUACGUCAAUCUCAACCGCCACCUACAACCAGCAGACGAGGAGAACGAAGACCCGGACGAGGGUCUGGCCGACUUCAUCGUCGACGACGAAAGGCUCAUAUUCAAGAAACCGCAGCUCCCUACUGCACGCGCCCCAGCAACCGAGCGCAGAAGCAAACCCAACGUGGUCGAUCGAUUAUCCCUCCUUCGUCAAUCUUCUUCAGCCUCAUCCUCAUCCUCAUCCUCAACCAGCACCAGCAGCCACAGCCACUCCGGCUCCAAACUCGCCUUCUUCACCUCCAAAUCCUCCGCCGACAAUCCGUCCUCCCUCUUCAAAGUCCCUGCCCUCCUCCGCCGCGCAACCACCAACUCAAGCUUCAACUCCGACACGGGAAGUAAUGUCAGCGCGACGGGGGUUACGGAACGCGGGGCCGUCGAGAACGAAAAGGAAAUGAUCCGCAAGGCGCAGGGAGGCAGGAGGAGCGCUAUCAAUUAUUAUGCCAAGGGCAGGGUGGAGGAGAGGGAGAAGGUUAGAGAGGGGAGGGUGGCGAAGAGUACCAAGGUCAAGAACUUGAAGAGUGGGGCGAAGGGGAAGGCGGGAUUCUUGGGUGGGUUGUUUGGCGAGAGCUUGUGGGAAUGA